UAAAAAUGGGAGGAGCUAAGAGUUUCCCUUCACUUGUCAUUCUUCUCGUCCUCGUCCUUGAUUGCUCGGCCACACCAAUCUCGAAAAUCCGGGCUCAUCCGCAGCCGUGUAAAAGAAUGGUGUUUUACUUCCACGACAUUCUUUACAACGGCCAUAAUUCCAAGAAUGCAACUGCAGCAAUCGUAGGGUCACCAGCAUGGGGAAACAGAACCAUUUUAACUGGCAAAAACCAUUUUGGCAACAUGGUGGUGUUUGAUGAUCCGAUUACGCUAGAUAACAAUCUCCAUUCAACCCCAGUUGGCCGAGCACAAGGAUUCUAUUUUUAUGACAAGAAAGAUAUAUUCACUGCAUGGCUAGGGUUUUCAUUUGUUUUCAAUUCUACUGAACACAAGGGUAGUAUAAAUUUUGCCGGGGCCGAUCCGUUGAUGAACAAGACCAGGGACGUUUCUGUCAUUGGUGGAACCGGUGAUUUUUUCAUGACUAGAGGGAUUGCCACUUUGCGCACAGAUGCAUUCGAAGGGGAAGUGUAUUUCAGACUUUGUGUUGAUAUUAAGUUAUAUGAGUGCUGGUAAAAAUAUUUUUAGCGGUGUUUGGCAAAUAAGCUCAUGGCUUGUGGGUUUAAAUAAGCCAAAUAAGUUAGUAAUUUCUUCUGCGAAAGAAUCCAAGAAUGUUGUGUUGGAUAAUUUAAUGCUUUAAAUUACUGGA